CGGAGAGGAGGAGUCUGCAGCGCUGGGCUGGAAGCGAAGCCUCUCGGGCGCUGGUGUCCCCACCGGCAGCCAAGAUGGCGCUGCGUGCUGCGAGUCGCGUUCUGCUGCACGCGGGAUCCCUCCUCGGGCGCAGGGAGGCCGUGGACGGCGCGCGGCGCUUCGCUAACAAGCGGGUGCUGGUGGAGACGGAGGGCGCGGCAGGGAUUGCCGUGAUGAAGUUCCGGAACCCUCCAGUGAAUUCCCUCAGCCUGGAGUUUCUGACAGAGUUCAUCAUCAGCCUGGAAAAGCUGGAAAAUGACAAGAGCAUCCGAGGUGUCAUCCUCACUUCGGAACGCCCAGGUAUCUUCUCAGCUGGUCUGGACUUGCUGGAGAUGUAUGGCCGGAACCCGGCCCACUACUCUGAGUACUGGAAGGCUGUGCAGGAGCUGUGGCUGAGGCUCUACAUGUCCAACCUGACCUUAAUGUCUGCCAUCAAUGGAGCCUCUCCAGCUGGAGGCUGCCUCUUGGCUCUUACCUGUGACUACAGGAUUAUGGCUGACAACCCCAAGUAUACCAUAGGAUUGAAUGAGAGCCUGCUGGGCAUCGUUGCCCCCUUCUGGUUAAAAGACAACUAUGUGAACACCAUCGGGCACCGAGCGGCAGAGCGUGCCCUUCAGCUGGGGACGCUCUUCCCACCAGCAGAGGCCCUCAAGGUGGGUGUGGUGGAUGAGGUGGUACCCGAGGAUCAGGUACACAGCAAGACUCGCUCAGUGAUGGCCAAGUGGUUGGCUAUUCCAGAUCAUUCUCGGCAGCUGACAAAGAACAUGAUGCGAAAGGCUACGGCAGACAACCUCAUCAAGCAGCGAGAGGCCGACAUCCAGAAUUUUGCCAGUUUCAUCUCCAGAGACUCCAUCCAGAAGUCCCUGCACAUGUACCUGGAAAAGCUGAAGCAGAAGAAGGGCUAGCCUGCGGCUGCCACACGGGUGUUUAGUCACAUGUGCCUUCUAGGGACCCACUGUCCCAAGAUUAUAAACAAGGUGUUUUCUAACUUAUAAA